AUGUAUUUUCUUCUGUUGACUUUUCCUUUAUUCGUAAUUAGUUACAAAUUAAUUGAUCACAACAUUCAAGGUGAAAUCGCACCCGGUUGGGAAUUUGUCUCCGAUCUUUUUCGAGAUAAUUUUAUCAAAGAUCGAGAUUUAGGAGCAUCAGUGGCGAUAUAUCACCAAGGCAAACCAGUCGUUAGUCUCACAGGUGGAUGGUUUGAUGAAUCAAAGACAAAACCUUAUGAUAGCGCAGCAUUACAAAUAGUUUUCUCAACAUCAAAAGGAAUUGUCGCUGCCGCUGUCGCCCUUGCUGUUCAACGAGGUCUACUCGACUACUCCGCAUUAGUUACUGACUAUUGGCCGGAAUAUGGACAAAAUGGAAAAGAAAACACCACAGUCAGUGAUAUUCUUUCCCAUCGCGCUGGGGUACCAGACGUUUCUGCUUCAUAUGAAGACUAUCUCGAUUGGACAAAGAUGAUACACAAAUUAGAACAACAAUCACCGGCGUGGUUGCCUGGAACAGCUCAUAAUUAUCAUCCGUUGACUUAUGGUUGGCUUGCUGGCGAACUUAUUCGACGUGUUGAUCGAAAAAGACGUUCGUUAGGGGAAUUUGUUCACGAUGAAAUAUCAUCUCCAUCAAAUUUUGAAUUUUACAUCGGUUUGCCUUCCACACAAGAACAUCGUGUGUCUCCACUUGAAUUUAACCAAAUCACAAAAGACUUUCAGAACGCAUCAUUGGAUGAAUCUAUAAGUUUCUUUAACGACGCUCGUCUACAUCAAGCUGAAGUACCAGCUGCCAAUGGUAUUACAAAUGCUUGGUCAGUUGCACGAUUCUACGCCUUAUUGAUUGGUGAUGUCGAUGAUGGAAAAUAUCAACGAAUCAUAAAUGAAGAUAUUUUGAAAGUCGCAACAAAAUCCAAUACGCCUUAUGUGGAAUUAGAUUCCGUGUCACAAUCAUCGAUAUCGUUCGGAAUGGGUUUUAUGAAUUUCGAUCGAAUUCUUCCUCGGUUGGGUUCUGGAAGUUUUGGUCAUUUUGGAGCGGGUGGAAGUAUUGGUUUAGCUGCACCAGCAUACAAUCUUUCUUUCGCUUAUGUAAUGAAUCGAUUAGAUGCAACCGUCGCAGGACUCAACAAUCGAAUAGAACCCAUACUUACGAAAGUUGCGGAAGAACUCAAUCAAUGA